UUUUGUGGGUUUUGUUUUGUAUACAAGCAAGCACGUGCUGGUUUGUCCGGGUUUCGAGCGGGUUUAAUUUGUGAUAAAUUUAGUCAUUUUCUGUGAAGCGAUGCUGAAGCCGAUUCUACACCAGCUGGCCACGAAACGGGUCGUGCUGGCAAGUGGUUCUCCCCGGCGGCAAGAGCUGAUCCAGAAUAUUGGUCUCACCAAGGUCGAGCUGUGUCCGUCCACCUUCGAGGAGAACCUGCCCAAGUCGGAGUACGGCUUCGGCGAGUACGUGGCCGAAACGGCAUACCACAAGGUGUUGGAAGUUUACCGAAGGCUGAGCGGCGAGGCCGCAACCGGCAACGUUCCGGGCCCGGACGUGGUCAUCGGAGCCGACACGAUGGUCACCAUGGACGGUAAAAUGUACGGCAAACCCACGACCCCCGAGGUGGCAUUCCAGAUGCUGAGCGAACUGAUGGGCCGGCAGCACAUCGUGUACACCGGCGUGGUGCUCAAAUAUCACGACCGGGAGGUAAAGUUUACGGAAGCGUGCAAGGUGCGCUUCGGCAAGGCCAGCCCGGAGCAGAUUCAGGCCUACGUCGACACCGGAGAGCCGCUCGAUAAGGCCGGUGGCUACGGCAUCCAGGGCAUCGGAGGGACGUUCGUCGAAGCCAUCGAGGGGGACUACUUCACCGUGGUCGGGCUGCCACUGUAUCGGAUAUCGACCGAGCUGUGCAAAAUGUUUCAUUACCAGGGGUGAGGUAGGGAGGGUUGGGUGAAAUUCCGAUAUGGUGCAUUUGUAACUGCAGUGGAAUGCAGAUGAGCUCCUGACUAUCGUAAUUAAAUAAAGAGAGACAAAAAUUUAUCACA